UCCGUUCGUAAGGCCCUCUCUCUCUCUCGAUCAUCGCUUCAUCCAGCAGACUUGUGAAAUUGGAACUUUUCUAUUCGCUCGCGGAUAGUUGCCCGUAGGUAACGAUGACCUCCAAACUACGGCAUCAUGACAUCGCGCUGUGUAUGGCCUCGAGGGAGGAGGGAAUAUAAACCCAUUCUCCGUCCGUAUCCUCCCAUGUCCAUCAUCAUCACAAACCUACGAUUAAUAUCUCCAAAACUACACCAAGAACACAAUGCAAGCCCUACGAACCCUUCGCGCCGCCCCGCGAGCACCGCUCACAUAUCGUCUCCCCAGGAAUGCGCUUCGUUCUCUCGCUACAACCGCCGAUUACCCCACCGUCUCGGACGCGAUCAAAAACGACCACCGCGAGCUCGAGUCGUACUACAACAACAUCCUGUCCGCCACGGAUGUCGAUACGAAGAUCCGAUGGCAGAACCAGUACGUCUGGGAGCUAGCACGACACAGCAUCGGCGAAGAACUCAUCGUUUACCCCGCUUUCGAGCAGUACCUGAAGCCUGGCGGCGAGUCCAUGGCCGCGAAAGACCGAGCCGCGCACCAGGACAUCAAGGAGCGUCUCUACGAGUUCCAGAGCAUGUAUCCGACCGACACGAACUUCGAGGGCACGUUGAAGAGCCUGAUGGCCACCGUGAAGGAACAUAUCAUAGAGGAAGAGGAGCAUGAUUUGCCGGCGUUGGAGAAGGCGUUGAAGGCGGGGGCGACGGAUGGGGAUAGCGCGGGACUGGCGAAGAGUUUCGUGAGGACGAAGAUGCUGGUGCCCACGAGGAGUCACCCAAGCGCCCCUGACCGCCCGCCGUGGGAGACUGUGGCAGGACUUAUGGCCGCCCCGAUUGAUAAGAUUAGGGAUAUUUUUGCGAGGUUUCCGAAGGAGGCUACACCGAAAGCUUGAGUUGGAGGGUGUUCAGUGGUGGAUUUGUUGGCUGGCUUCUGCUGUCAGAUUCUGUAUAAAAAACAAAUAAAAGUCACGCGGAU